AUGAAUCCUAAUUCAAGUCCUAAACUUCUCGAUCUUGGUGCGGUUCAAGAGUCGGUGCUCAAAGACAACUUGGAUAUAAUGGAAGCUAAUGGGUUUGGAUUUGAAUUCCGUGAAAAAGGUAUUUUCGAACUAUCUCAGAACUUGACUGUCGUUUUCUUUGCAGACAUAGAAGAGAUCCUCGCUGUGGUUUCGGAAUUCCCAGGAGUCAUGUAUCGUCCCGCAAAACUUCGAAAAAUAUUCGCUUCUAGAGCAUGUAGAAAAUCAGUAAUGAUCGGUACUGCACUUACUACAAAUCAAAUGAAAUCGGUAAUUUUUUCCCCUUUUAUAUUCAUCUGUUAA